CUUUUUCUGCGACCCAAAUGCGUGCGCGACUCGAGUCCCUUCGUCGCUUCUCAUCCCUCCUCCUUCCCGCUUCGGCUCCUCUCCCGCAUCUCCUCUCCCUGCUGAGCCGAUGCUCCACCUUCGGCCACAUCGCCCAAACCCACGCCUUCAUGAUCGCCCGAGGCCUCGCCGGCGACAACCUUCUCCUCGCCAAGUUCCUCCACGCCUGCUCCUCCCUCGGCUUCCGGGGCCACGCCCUCCUCGCCUUCGACCGCUCUGAACGCCCCGACGUCUACCUUUUAAACACCAUGAUCCGAUGCCUCUGCCAAACGGACUCCGCCGAGCACGCCGUGUCUCUUUUUAACAGGAUUCAAGGCUCCGGCUUGAGGCCGGACACGUACUCCUUCCCCUUCGUGCUGAAGGCCGUCGCCCAUCUGGGAAUGCUUGAAUUGGGCCGAGAAGUCCAUGGCCAGAUCACUCGUUUCGGACUUGAUGCCGACAUCCACGUCUCGACCGCUCUUGUCGUCAUGUACUCCAAUUGUGGCGAAGUGAACGACGCACGCAAGCUGUUCGACGGAUUUCAGCUUCGAGACGUGGUGAUGUGGAAUGCAAUGACGGCGGGUUACGUCAAGGUCGGGGAUGUUGAUAGCGCACGUGACAUUUUUGAACAAAUGCCUAAGAGAAAUGUGGUCUCGUGGACGACAAUGAUAGCCGGCUUUGCUGAUGCGACCCGUUCGGAUGAGGCGAUCACCAUGUUUCGGAGGAUGCAGCUGGAAGGUGGUAUCGAGCCAGAUGAGGUGGCCUUGUUAGCCGUGCUCUCAGCUUGUGCCAAUUUAGGCGCUCUGGAUUUGGGGGAAUGGAUACAUAGCUUUAUAGGCAAGCGUGGGUUGUACAAAACCAUCCCUUUGAUGAAUUCACUGAUCGACAUGUAUGCUAAGUCUGGAUACAUUCACAAAGCCUUAGAGGUGUUUGAGGAUAUGAAGCAGAGGAGUGUGGUCACUUGGACCACAAUGAUAGGAGGGUUUGCUUCCCAUGGGCUUGGUUUUGAAGCUCUCGAGCUGUUCCAUAGGAUGGAAAGAGAGCAUGUUCAGCCAAAUGACGUUACCUUCCUGGCUGUCCUAUCUGCUUGUAGCCAUAUCGGACUAACAGAUUUAGGGAGGUGGUAUUUCGACCGCAUCUAUUCGAAGUACAUGAUUAAACCAAGAAUUCAACACUACGGUUGUAUGAUUGACCUUCUUGGCCGUGCAGGUUGUUUGAGAGAGGCUAGAGAUCUGGUUAGACGUAUGCCUUUUGAACCAAAUGGAGCAAUAUGGGGAGCUCUUCUAGCUGCUGCUAGAAGCCAUGGUGAUGCUGAGCUUGGAGAACUUGCUUUAAGGCAUCUUGUUGAAAUUGAGCCACACAACAGCGGGAACUAUAUCCUUUUGUCUAAUAUUUAUGCAGCACAUGAGAUGUGGGAUGAUGUUGCUAAGCUGAGGAAGAUGAUGAAGGAGAGGGGAGUGAUGAAUGUGCCAGGUGCCAGUUCUAUCGAAGUGGAUGGAGCAGUCCACGAGUUUACAUCAAGAGAUGGAUCACAUCCCUACUUCAACAGGAUUUAUGAACUUCUGCAUGAGAUGUCUGGGCACUUAAAAAUGAUUGGUUAUGUCCCAAAACAUCAUUCAGGUAUUCUUGACUUUGAAGAAGGGUAGAUUCUUUCUGCUUCGUGAGUGAACUCUCUCAAUGAUAAUGACUUGAGUAAACCUUAUGAUCAAGAUCUUCUAAAAUUUCUGUUUAUGUAAGUGGAGCAUCAGAGGAAGCUGUUCUUGUUGGAACCAGUGGUGAUGCUGUGCUUCCUCAUGACAGUGAUGUUCAAUGUUUUCAUCAGAGGAAGCCAACAUGCAGAAAAAAUAUCAUGUCCACAUGAAAAAUUGGUUGAUGUUGGGAACUACAGGAAGUGGAUGUGAAAGUCUUUUGCAAGAAUGAAAGAUAGUCAGAGAGCUAAUUUCUGAUGAGAAAAUCUUGAAGCUCAAGGUUGACGGCAGAAGAGAAUGUUAUCUUGCUGCAGAGCAUGUGAAAGAAUUCAUGUCUUGUACCUGUCAAAUAAAAAGAUAUCGAUGAAUCAACACCAGUUUUUUAAUAUAUGAAUGAGGUAUAACUUUGGAUCCGUUGGCUUCUCUGUGACAGUUCUUACGACCGCCCCAGAUGUGUUUGAUCUUUGAAUGGUGGCAUGGAAUUAUUUGUUAGUUGGCAGGGAGGAUCAGAAGCAAUGGAAUAUCAUAUUGUAUGCACGGCCAUGGUAGGCAUUGAAGGUGAGGGACUCCACUGUGAUUCAACUGAUUGAGUCGAUGUUUUCGAGAAUUGCACGUUUCCUCUUCGGCUCUUCCCCGCCAUCGUAUGGAAGAACGCUUGUCAUUGAACCGCGGCCCAGUGCGGCGGAGAGAUGAUGACGCAGCCCCAGCAGCCGGUCUCCGUGGAUGGCUCCUCCGAAGCAGAUGGCGCUGACCAUGGAGCGGCUGGUCCGCGCCGCCCGCAUCAAUUGGCCGACGGACCCGACCAGUCGAAACUUCCAGCUCAUCUUCAAGGCUUCAACACUUCCAGGAUAUCUGGGCACUCAGUGACCGCUUCGCUCUUCCCCUUCCCACCCUCUAUCUUGUGUCUUUCUUUUUUCGUUCUAUUCGCAUCUAGGAUAUGUCACUUCACUCCGACGACGACUGAUCUCUCAUUGGUUUGUUGAGAUCGAACCAGGAACACACCGUGAAUUUAGUUGAAAGAAGUUAAAAUAUGUUAGAUUUUGCUUCUACAGCCUUUGGACUAUGUUGAUUGAAUUUUAUCUGUGUUAGGUUUUAUUGAUAUCACAAGUAAAUUCUUUUCUUUUUGGGGUAUAAUCCUUGUCUAGUGUUUCAGUGGGUAAAGACAUCUUUUUGGUACUUUUGUAGAUAAAAUAUCUUUUUGGUACUAGUUUUCCACUCAUAAAACGUUAAAUGAUGAUAGCAAAAAGUGUUUAUUACAACAUUCAGUAUUCUUGUUGGUCUUAGAUUAUCGAAAGUUCGAAACCCUCUCAAUCAAAUUUCCAGAGAGAAUUCAUCAUCUGAUAAUUUUUACACCCAAGAAUAUUUGUCCGGUGGAGGGUAUCAAUUCUACUUACUAAACAUUCAAAACCUCGUCCGAUAAAUUCACAGUUAAAGCAUUAGUCCAAUGAAAGUGUAUCAAGCCUACUUAUUACUUAUUAAUGGUUGAGGGAUCAAAAACCUCAUGAUGAAUUAUCUGUCGGUGGGAUCUCUGAAUUGCCAAAAAAUGCUUUAACUCCAAAUUAUUGAUCCUGAGUCAAAGAGAAGAUUUUAGUGAGAAAAACUUUAGCGAUGUACUUUACGAAUUGGAAUACGAGUUUCUGAAGGUAAGAAUCUUUCCUUAUCAGCAACUAGAUUGAUCAAGUAAGUGAGAAUUCAAUGGAGCAACACAAGGUAUGGUUCUAUAAAUGUUGCUUCCACAGAUCAGGCAUCUAUUAUUGAACUGUUACCUUCCAUCUUUAGAGCUGUAGCAUCAUUACAUCCAGCAGAAUCCAUAAACUGCAAUGCUGUGGUGUUUUUCGGCCUUUUUUGCUACUGAUGAGAUAUGAAAUUUCCAGGUUAUUUGUUGUUACCAACGGGAAUUAAGUUUUACUUCUCUCCUAGAAUUGUCUCUCUUAUUGCUUUUCAUUUGUUUUUUUUUCUGUGUGAUAUUCAUUUCAGUUCACUGAUUAAUUUGCUGUUUUGAUUGUAUAAUAGUUAUAAAUACAAUAGGACUCUUAGGUAAACAUACCUUUGGUAUUUGCAGUUAUAUUACACCAGACUUCUAAAACCUGCUGUUGUUUGUAUAGCAUUUUACACAUGUAUCAAUCACAAGAAUAACAAAAAGUGCUUGUUUUCUUGAUUCUUUUAUUGCUAGCAACUGUUCUUAUUCAACAGGUAUAGUGUAGCUUUAGCUGUUUGAUAAUUCAUAUUUUUUAAGGAAUCUAUUUUAUAACCCUGAUGUUUUACACUUUAAUUGUGGUCCAGAAAACUAACUUUGCCAUUUUGUUUGCACAUAAAUAAUUCACGUCAUGCUCAACAUUCAUCAUUCUCUCUCUCUCUUUCUCUCUGUGUGUGUGUGUGUGUGUGUGUAUCUUUUGUCUGAUAACUGAUCUUUUCAUGUCAAUACUAUUGAUUGGUAUACUUUUCUAGGGAGGAAACCACAUUUAUGCAAGAGGUUUAUCAGUUCAUCAUAUAUUUAUGUACAUCACAGUAAGUGCUCUUUAGAUUACUCUUCUCCUUAUUUAUGUUCGGUAGUCUUAUCUGAAGUACAUUAAUAGGAAGGAGUGGAGUGGAAUCUACUUGCCACCUUUACCUUUCUUAACAAGUAAAUUAUGUUCUCAAUUUAUUUUUUUCUCUUCAGGAGCUUUUUGAUAAGUCAUUGCAAUAAUUUCUGAGUCUAGAUAACAAUCUUUCACUUUCUCUACUUUGUGUACAUCGUACCCCUAUUACCACAUAUAGGAAUAACUUCCUUUAUACAAGCACAACCUUGUAUAGAAUAAUAAGAUCAAGAUAAGUUUUUUCUCCAUAAUGUUCUUUACUAUUGUGGUCCAAAUGUUUGGAUUAUCUAUGGAUUCUUUCACAGGAAGGGCUCUAUCAAGGACCUUUCUUUCUCCACUAACUAAUUUCUGUCAAAACAUGGCAUGCAUUGGAAUAAUUCCUUAUGAACUAAUGGGAAAGAAAUUUACUUUGCUGGCCUUUUGGUUAUGUCAUGUUACAUCAUUGUGGAAUCCAUCUUUUUAUAUAAGUUUACAUUUCUUGCAGUAUUGGAUCUGCAGCCAACAGACUUUUUUUCAAAAGGUUGCAGGUAAUAUGAUGGUUAUUUGAGCCUAAUAGUUUUAGAUUUAAAUUGGGAUUUCCUUUGUGCAGUAAGUGCAUUCAUCUUCUGAUGAUUGAUAUUUUUAGAUUUGGCUCUGCCUCCUGCUCUAUGUGCCUAAUGGGAAACCUUUAGUUCUAUCCAGACUGAAUCAACUCCAUCAGCUAAGGUCGUCCAUGCAGAUCAUAUUGCUGCUUGUCAUAUUGGUUGCUCUGCUGAUGAUUACUGAUAAAAUUGGCACCAUUAAAUCACUAUUUUUUUCUUCUAUUACAAGCUGAACAUCUUUUCAUUUUAUCCCAGCAAAACAGUGAAAGAUGUUCUAACCUAUCAAUAGCUGGUAAGAAAUGCGAGUAUUUUCUUUUUUGA